GUCAGGGUGGAAGGGGAAUGUGCCACUCGGCAUUGUUGCCAGACGGACGGUAAGGAUGGUCAGCAAUGAGCAACCGUGAUGAGAAAUAGCGACAUGUGUGGCUAUAUUAAUGACGGCGAAUUGCCGCUUGCCUCUCUCUCUUGUUUAUACUGGCCCACCUCGUAAGUUUAGGACCAUUUACGCACGUCUGCUAAUAUUUUUUUUCUUCUUCUUUUCUUCUUCUCCGGACUGAGAUCAGCAGCUGGCAGUCCAUUCUUGUAUUCGCUUCCAGUGGCUAAAAGUCAACAAUGUGGAACUCAUUGAUGAUCCUUUCCUCUUUGGCCAGCGCUGUCUCCCUCGUUGCUGGCCAAUGUGUGCCUACUCCCGGAAAGGAUGGUCGGUACACUAUCGAGUCGGAUGGCAUCAAGGCGCAAUUCAUUCCCUACGGCGCUACUCUUACCAACCUGUGGGUGAAAGACAAGAACGGCGAGGCUGUAGAUAUCGUACUGGGAUAUGACAAUGCAUCCUACUACCCCGUUGACCCGAGCCACCCCGUACUCAACGCCAUCCCAGGCCGCUACGUGAACCGGAUCGGCAAGGCGACGUACAGCAUCGACGGCGAGACGUUCAACACGGAGAAGAACGACGGCGAAAACACGCUGCACAGCGGCACUAACAACUGGUCCUUUCGCUUCUGGAACGUGACGGACGUGACUGCGUCGUCCAUCACCUUUGGCAUCAUCGACAAAUCCAACUCGUCGCAGGGCAUGCUGGGUGAUGUCCAUGCGCAGGUGAAAUAUAGCGUCGAGGGCGGCGCCUGGAACAUCAGCAUGGAGGCGACGGCGCCCGAUGCCAAAACACCACUCAUGCUGACGCAGCACACCUACUUCAACCUAGACGCGUACCGCGACCCGACCGGACCAAAGGUCUGGAACCACACGCUGCACGUCCCUUUCUCGAGCAGGUACCUCGAGAAUGAUGAUGGGGCGCUGCCGACCGGCCGAAUUCUCACGGCGGCGCCGGGAAGCAUCAACGACUUUGCGUCCGAGCCUGACAUCCUCUUGGGCAGGGCGAGGGAUGAUCCAGCCUUCCCGGGCAACUGCGGCGCUGGAGGCCAGUGCGAGGGUUAUAAUGGCUUUUGGUUGAUCGACGACGCUCCCGUAGGGGCUGUGGUCGCCACCCUCGCCAGCGAGUUCUCGGGGAUCAAGGCCGAGCUACGGACCGAUCAACUUGGCAUGCAGAUCUACACGUGUAACUGGUUCGACGGCACCAGCCCACUCAAGUCGACCCAAGGGACAGAAGAGGUCAAGACGGUGGGCCGGAGCUCUUGCGUCGCCAUCGAGGCGCACGAUUACACCGAUGGGAUUAAUCAUCCGGAAUGGGGUCGCAAGGAGGCACAAAUCACUGGCCCUGGGGAGAAGUAUACUUGGGAGUCAUCGUGGACCUUUUCGACGCUCUGAGGGAUCAAUCCAGUUGACCUCUUGCACAAAGUUGAUUGAAUGGUUGUAGCUUGCCAAAGGUUGUCGAGGGUACCCAAAGCAAGUCGUUAGAUCGAAAAUCGGAUGAUAUCGUCAAUAUCAAUUGGUAAAUUUGUGGCGUGCUUGUAACGUUGCUCAUCCUUAUCGAUGUUCUGUGCGAAAGCUUUGCCUAGGAGAAUUAACCAAUAGACCCCACGACGAUAAGUCAGCAAUUUUGUGUGCAAACCGGCUGAUCUUAGCUUUUGUAGGUCUUCGGAUAUCUUUAGCUUGCAAGCUGUUGACAGUGUGCCAUGAAGGGCGAUUUGCACUAGACUAGACACUUUGGUCUCGAUUUGAUCUGCACCGUGAUGUGCCUUUUCCGGGGUUGCUACCAACCAACGAAGACAAAGCUAGUCGAGCCGAGCUCUGCCAUUGUGACCAAAUAGCCACCCGUAUAGAAACCAGUCAUCGAGAAGAAAACUUUCUUCUGAGCUUCAUCCUAACUUGGCCAUCGAAGGCACGACAGCAAACUUAUAAGGUAGCUGUCCAUGCUCUGCACCAACAAAGUCGCCACGUUAAACCUGUGACGCGCAGCUUUGAUCUUACUUCGUACCUUAUAGCUCGCCUACCUGCCCUUGCAUCCAUACCUUGCUACAUUAGGCAUGGUAUUGUAAGGCACGCGAGGCACUCAGCAUAUUCGCCGCCGAGCACAACUCCUUGCUAACUGCGCGGCGUGAAUUCGUCGAAACCAGCGAGGAGGUGGGAAUGCUCGACCUGUCGCCUCGACUCCAUGUCACUCAACCUCUUCCCUAAGGAGUUCUGAAUGUAACAAGCCGAACCGCUAAAGGUACCUCACCAUGACGACUUUGAUGUCCUACCAAUUCCAGUCUCGCCGCAGCCUUCCGGGCCUGUACUCGCAAGGCCUCGACGAGUCUUUUCAGAAGGGGACGAGAAGGUAGUACGUGUAAUAGAAAACAUCACAUGGGUGGCCGAAGGGAUAGCAGUGACGCCAUUUCUUAGGCCUGUGUUGUGUGCGUAGGAACAGUACAGAAGUUCUGG